AUGUUCCAGGCAGACGCCUUAUUGAUCAAACCCAACUGUGGCAGCAGUUCAGAUGUUUUGCCGCGAAAGAGCGUCGAUACUCAGCUCCCAAGACCCCCGCAUUUUGCUACUCUGUCCCUUCAACUCGUUCACAUGCCAUCUGGAGAAAAUACAAUGCACAACUUCGAUUUCGAUGAUAAUGAUGAUGAUAUCAUAUUGACUUUGAUGCCCGCUGAUGGCCAUGGAUACUGGGGUGCUUUGCUGGCAACACGAUCAGCUGCAAACGAACGGUUUCUGCGACGUGCCCCCGGUCAAAGCAUUCCAGGCGGGCACGGCGUCUCCCACAAUGUCCCAGAUGACCGGAGCGAACGAGAAAAAACGGAGCCACUGGUAAAGCCGAUUGCCUCUGACAGCGCGAGAUGCCUCGUGUUGAGGUUCAGCCAGGGUUGCAAAACGAAUGCUGGUAUAAUCGCCGGGUCUAGCCCGGAACAUGCCGAUUUGCUACUCCCGGUUUUCACAGAUGUCAGCAAAAAGCACAUUGCUUUCACCUUCGACAGGAUGAACGUGCCAAUUGCGAGAGAUCUCCAGACUACGGCUGGAACGCGUGUCAUAUAUGACGGAGAGACGCGCGAUCGUGUGUCGGGCUUUGACUGGUCGUUAGUCGGUCCCAGCAUCGCUGGAGAUAAACUGCCCAUCCUUGACAUCUCAGAUGAGGUAAAGUUUAAGGUCAAAGUGCCUAAGCGAGACUUUUCCUCUCCCGAUUAUGUCGAGAAAGUGAACAGGUUUCGUCAGGGCUCGACUGAUCCCGCGGAGCUGCUCGAUUCUGUCAAGAUUCGUACAGAAGGGGGCACGCAAGUCCAAACAGGGCAGCAAAGUCCGUUAGACGGCCAAAGAUCAAAGUUAGAGGGUGUCUUUCACACAAAAGAACUUGGCAAGGGCAGUUUUGGUGUCGUCGAGUACUUUUGGAAUGUGACAACAAGAGACGACUUUGUUGUAAAGACGCCCAAGAAAGACACGGCCAUCGACAUGGACAGUUGGAAAAGAGAGGCCAGUAUUCUGAAGAAAAUUUCUCAUAAGCAUAUAGUCGCGCUUCUAGAGGCGACUUUCGAUCCAAUUCCCAAGCUGCGACUAGAAUACAUUCCUGGAGGCUCUCUUACUUCAGAAGACAAGCUGAGCGAGCGUCACGGAGCACAAGUCCUCAGCCAGCUAUCGUCAGCUUUGGACUAUCUACAUACUCUGAACCCUCCCAUCAGCCACCGUGAUAUCAAACCCGAAAAUAUUCUUGUUGUCGAGAGAACAGUAGACAAUAUCUAUGUCAAGUUUGGCGACUUUGGUCUCUCCAAAGAGUCUGAGAAGCUGAUGACCAACUGUGGUACUCCGGUAUGGUCAGCACCAGAAAUCUUUCGCAAAAACGCUGAUCCCAAGGGAACCAGAUCUGAAACAUACACUGUUGCAGUUGACAUAUGGUCGCUCGGAGUAGUCGUGGGUAAUCUAUUAUUCGGUACGCUCCCAAGCUGGCAAAGUGCAUAUAGCAACGACGAGAAAAGUUGGGUUCGCAAAUUCCGCAAUUUUUUCGUGGACAAGAAUUGUGUCAAGCAUAGCAAACUACUCUCGUUACUUCUUGACAAGAUGAUAGUUAUGAAUGCAGCCGAGCGGUCAUCGGCGGGUGUUAUCCAUUGCGAGGUGGAGAGGAUCUUGGGGCAGGGGCUCAGUAGUGAGGUCGAUGACGGAGAAAGUGAAGGUAUGGCGACUCCCAUGCCACGUAACAUGGGCGGGGAACUCACUCCCCGUCCCGGUGUCAACAAUGACCUUCUGCAGGUAGUGAAAGCCCUGAAUAAUGGUGUUGAUGAAAGCCAUUUCUUCGGAAGCAAGGAUAUGUCCGGAGAGACUGUGCCGUCAGACACCCAGCGACAACUUGCGAUUGACCUGAGAGAAGCAUAUGAGGCAUGGAACUCCUGUUCACCGGCAGCAGGUUCGUAUAAGGUGACGUCGACCCCCGAGAAACCAGAGAUGGCGAGCAUCCCCCGAACACACUUGGAUGAAGAGACGAAACAACUGAGCGCUGCGAAUAAAGCUACCGUUAUUGCCCACUGCGAUGCUGGUGGAAAAGUGCAGGCAAAUGGAGGGGAGAUUGAGCCUAUUGACGGCUCUAGAGGCGAAAACCUUAGUCACAAGAGAAAGUGGCCGAAGGACCCCUCUGCGGGCAGCCGGCCAGUCGUUGAGAAACAAGUUGCUGCCGCAGGCAAAUGCUCACGAGAGCACAAAAGGACCAAGACUUAUGAAUGA